AUGCUUCAUGCAACAAAAUUCUAUCAGAAUUGUGUUGAUGAAGAUACAGAAAGUCAUUGGAUGGAAGUUUAUGAAGAACAACGAACUACUGGACAAACAUCAUCUGAAAAUGAUGAAGAAAAUGAAUUAAUCGCAGCAAAAUUAUCGACACAAUCUACAAUCGAAAUGAUUAAACCAAAGAUCGAUAUUAGCAAUGCAUUUUUAGAAAAAACACAUUCAGCAGAACCAAAAAUGUGUGGAAAUUUCAAGGCAUAUUUACAACGAUGUCAUGAAAUGGAUAAUAUUGAUAAAGUUGCAUAUCAAGGAUAA